ACACAUUAUAAACUCCAAUCCAAAUCUGUGUUCUAUUGGAAUUUCUAAACCACACUGUUAUUUGCUUUAGCUUAUAACAAUAUAGCUUAAAGUGGAUACAAAUGAAAUGUUUCAAAAUACUCAACAGAGACUUAAUUUGCAUGCUAGCUUGUGAUUUUUGUUCCAUAUGCAAUUGCAAGCUUGUUUAAUUUGCUAAUCCUUUUCAGGGAUUGUCUUUGAGCUGUUUAGAAUUAAUUAGGUGUAUCAGAAAAAAUAACAUUAGCUUGUAUUAUGGAUACCAGUUUCAUAAAUACUUGCUGUUUUCUCUUUAUUUCGAUCAUUGCUGCUCUUCUGGUGAGGCCCUUAACUAAAAUUAUCAUCAACUCUGUCACCACAAAGAGUCGUCGUCGCAGCGAAUGCCACCCCCCUCCAGGUCCUCCUUCACUGCCAUUCAUCGGUCACCUUCACUUGCUAAGUUCUAGAUUACCAGAAUCCCUUCAGAAUUUAGCUAGCAGAUAUGGCCCCAUCAUGCAAAUAUACAUGGCGGGAAAACCUGUUGUUGUAGUUUCCGAUGCGAACACAGCCAAAGCAAUGUUGAAAACCUAUGAUGCUGAUUUUGCUUCCAAGUAUAUUCUUGGUUUUGGUCUAUCAAGGUUCAACAUUUACGAUGGUGAUAGUUUCGUCAAUUGUCAGUAUGGCCCGUACUGGCGGUUCCUGAAGAAGCUAUCCAGGACACAGCUACUUGCAGGGAAACAGCUUGAUCGCUUCAGCCAUAUUCGAGAGCAGGAGACAUUAAAGCUUUUAAAAUCAUUAGUGGAGAGAUCUCAAGAAGGGGAACCCUGCGAUCUGGGUUUGGAGCUAUCAAAUUUAGCAAAUAGCAUUAUUUGCAAGAUGGCUCUGGGAAAAAGAUGCGAACAAAACCCUAAUUUGCCUUCUGAUAUAAGGAAAGCGAUUGGGGCAAUCAUGGGAUAUACAGCAAAACUAAGUUUCACUCAAAUCUUUGGUCCUCUGAAGAAUUUUGAUCUUUCAGGAAAUGGGAAAAGACUUAUAUCUGCAACUUGGGAGUACGACCGGCUAAUGGAGCAGCUCUUCAAGGAUUAUGAAGUUAAUCGGACGAAUGAUUCAGGACCCGAUGAAGGAAAAGAUAUGAUACAUAUUUUAUUGGAGACCUACAGAGACCCAAGUGCUGAGCUAAAAUUGACCAAGAAUCAGAUCAAAUCCUUCUUCCUUGAAAUAUUCCUGGCGGGUGCAGAUACCACUUCGGCAACUAUACAAUGGGCCAUUACAGAGCUAGCGAACAAUCCCAGGACAUUGAAGAAACUAAGGGAUGAGAUGGAUGUUUCAGUUGGAUCCAACAGGCUGGUACAAGAGUCAGACAUUCCUAAUCUUCCCUACUUGCAAGCUAUCGUCAAGGAAACCUUAAGAAAACAUCCUCCGGGACCUUUGCUACGUAGAGAAUGCAUGAUAGACACCGAAAUCAAUGGCUAUGACUUAAAAGCAGGUACUAAGAUCAUAAUCAACGCCUAUGCCAUAAUGAAAGAUCCUAAAACGUUCAAUGAGCCGGAAAAAUUCAUACCAGAAAGGUUCUUGGUUGAUCAUCAAGAAAUGGACUUUAAUGGUCAGGAUUUAAAUUUCAUUCCAUUUGGUAGCGGAAGGAGAGCUUGCAUUGGAGCAUCACAUGGUCUGAUUGUAACUAACACUACAAUUGCUUCUCUAAUUCAGUGCUUUGAUUGGAAGUUAAAAGAUGGAGACAGGUUUGAUAUUAAAGAAACUAGCGGAUAUUCAGGAGCCAUGGCGAUCCCUCUUCUGGUUUAUCCUAUCACUCGUUUUGAUCCCUUCAGAGCAUAAUGCUUCCAGGUGAAGAAACAAGUGGUAAUGUUAUUAUAGCCAUUGAGUGAUCAGAAGAUAAAUGAGUUGGGUAGCAAUUGCCCCUAUUACCUCUUUUUCUCCCGUCUUAAUAAGCUGUAGUGCCCGAUAUUGCAAUGCUGUUAAAUCAUGUAAAUCGAUCGCCUUAAAUUAUCAAAUAAAAGUGUACACAUGUGUGUUUUAUUGUGCUACAAUCUGAGUGCUUUAUUCUUAUCUUCCAAAUACUUCAUUGUAGCUUUACAUAAUUCGAAGUGUUCUAUAUGUAUGCCUGUAUCUACCAUGGGUUAAUAAUGGAAUUUUCUUUUUUCUCUGAAA